UCUCAGCGCUCACCGUAGGGUUCCGUCUUGAUUAAUAUGGAAUUAAUUGAUGCUUUUCAUGCCCAGAGGAAAUCAGUUUCAGCAAGUCAUUUUCUCAUGCGUUUGCUUGUUUGCAUUCCGUGUAGAUUCGAUCUGCACUUCAAGUCUGAUUAAAUAAUCAGUGUAGCCUACGCGGAUAAUGUGUGGAUAAGUAACAGGAAGUGUAUAGAAGAAGCUCAAACGGCUCCGUACGGCAACCUGCGUGUUAUCCACAACCACGCUUUGAUUUCCUGUACUAAAAAAAUAGGUGCACUAAGAUAUAAGGCUGCAGAAAUUAACGCGUGCGCUCUGCUUUAAGAAGACCUGGCCACUAAAAACUGCCACGUGCAUGUGUGUGACUAGUGCAGUCAUAACAUGGCCGCGUGCGUGUUUGGCUCGUCUGUUUUACGAGAGGCCUUUUGGGUGGCAGUGCAUGCGCGCACAUUGAAAUUAACGAACCGCAGCAGUUUCGUAACUCCAGGAGCACAGGAGGGUUCUGCUUAGCUCUUGAGUCUUUAUCUGCUUAAGCUCUUGAAGUCUGUUAUCUUUCUGUGGUGUUGGAUUCACAGCACGUCCAGAGGAGGAUACUGCACGUUCAGUUUACACGGAAUUGCAAUCAAACACCCCUCCCCCCCCACUUCACUUCGCAUAUCUGCCUCCCAAAGGGGAUUUGUGUUGGAUAGGUGUGUGUGUGUGCAGUGGGAAAAUAUAAACAACUGUCGCAAACAGAAUCCAUCAGCAGCCCUGCUUAUUCAGGUGGACAUCCAUGUCAUGACUGAGGAGAGCAGAUUGGGGGCUGGACUUGACUACUCAGUGGAGGAGAACGAACAUUGUGCACCCCUGCAGAAGAAGAGACGAGAUGAGAAGAGAAGAGACGAGACGAGAAAAGAGGGCGUAGCUUUGUCCUGUCUGACUAUCAAUCAACCUGAUAGCCGUGAUCCUGCCCAGCGUAGAGAGGGAGGGGCGAAACUAGCCGAGGCAGAAGCAGAGCGGGAGAGAAUGGCGAGUCAGCGGCCUACCCAUCUUCCUCCCACGCUGGUACCUGUUUUGGUCAGCGCCGGGGCCGUGCUGGUUUCCCACUAUAUCAUCAAUGUGAUGGCGCAGAUCCCCGACCCUGCGCUCCUGCCCACUGACCCCCCGCCGAAGCCCGACCCCAUCACCUCCGAGACCGUGGUGUUCUGGGGGCUUCGGCUCUGGCAGGUGGUGGGAAUCUUUUCCAUGUUUGUGCUGGGAAUUAUCAUUACACUGUGCUGCAUCUUUAAAUGCCGAAUUCCUCGGACGAGGAAAGAGAUCGAGGCCCGACAUCUGCAGAGACAGGCGGCAAAAAGUUAUGCCAACACACUGGAGACAGUCCCGCCUCUUGGCGAGCUCACAGAGAUACCGGGAGCUGCAAAGCCUGACGAGAAGAAGGAGGAAGUGCCCACAGUCUCGGGGAAGCUGGGCGGGGAGAGAGGAGAGAAGAAGACAGGCAAAGAAAGGAGGAAAGGAGAGGAGCAUGAGGAGAAAGGAGCGUCCAGAAAAAGUGCCGCUGGAGGAGGCAGGAGUGAGAAAGCCACUGAGAGAGGAGGCGGAGCCGAGAAGGCUACGAAGAAGUGAUCGCCGGGUCACCUUAAGCACUUGUGCUAAACUUUUAUUAAGAACAGGAUUUAUUCAUUGGUUGACUUUUGCUAACAUCAUUUAACAUUUUUUAUAUGUUUCUAUUUUAAAGUGUAAAUAUAAAUUUAAAUGUUUCUUGCAAACCUCUUGCCAAGUAUUUAAGAGUAAAUUAACCUAUGCAUUGUGUGUCAGGGAGAGUUUAGAGCAUUUCUGUGUAAAUAGAGCUAUUAAAUUAUCAAUUCAUAUUUAUUUUUCUAGACUUAAAAUAAUUCAUUUUAUAUAAAAUCAUUCGAAUUGAUACUAGGCUUAAUCGUCAAAUUUAAUUUGAUAUAUAUAUAUUUUUUUAAACCACCACUAUUACAGUAACCAAACCCUUGAGGUGUCUAACUUAAUGGAAACGUAAAAAGCUGUGCAAAGAAUCUCUCACAUACACUGUCAGGUUCAUUCAACAAUUCAGAUGGCUCACUAUAUAAAUUUACAUUUACAUUUUUUUAUUCACAAUACAUUGGUCAGCACUAAAUAACACAAUAUGGACUUCCUUAUAAAAACAAGUCUACAAAUUAUGUAACAUACAGACAACAGGUGAUAGCAUAGCUAAACCAUACUCCUCUAAUUGGGUCUUAACAGAUUUCCACACUUCAAUUACCUGGUGAGAGAAUGACACCUAAUUCUGUUUUGCCUUUUUACUGAGACAUGAAUUUAUUAAAAGAAAAUGGUUAGAAGCAACAACUGUGUGAUGUAUCUGAAUAAAGAGGUUACAUGAACCUGAACUGGACCAGAACUCUCCGGGGGUACAAUAGUGGUAGUUAUAACUGAGACACCUUUUCACUGCUACGUGAUUCGCCUGUUUGUCAUCUCGCCAGGAAACGGUUCGCUUUGAGUCCUGAAGCAACGUGGCUCCUGUUUCUCCUUCUGCUGUGCAGAACGUAACGUGUUUAAAGUCCUGAUCUGUCCACGUUCUUAGCCAUCAGCACACAGCAGUGUGAGCAUUUUAGCGCCUUUACACUGCCACAGUGAGGUGGACUUUGAUACGGAAGAGAAAUCAACAACAAACAAAAUAUAAACAUCAAAUUUUGGAAAGUACCAGUGACACAUAAGGUGCUAAUACUUAGAAAUAUUUAACAUAAUUACAAAUAUUUUAAUUAAAUAUAAAACAACACAACCACAAAAAUUGGGGCACGGGAAUAGAUAAAAAACUAACACUUCAGUAAAUAUUAAAAAAUAUAAACACAAGAUUUACAGAAAAGUCCAUUUAGACAGACCCGAAAAAAGUGUUGUUUUUCCUUUGAAAAUACCUGCUUAAAAAUAACACAUCAGAGACAACAGCACUAAACACUUGUACGAUUCUUAAACUAUAACACUUCUGUCUUCCUUUACGUCAUCUGUAACGUAUUUGUUAUAAUGAAGACCAAGGACAUGAUUCAGAAAAAAUGAAUAAUAACAAUAAUAAUAAAACAAAAACCAAUCAAAACAAAAGACUGUAGACUCAGUGUGUAUGGCCCUGAAGAGUGAGUAGGGGCACUACUGCACAGUGACCUGCUCAUAUCUGAAAUCACUUGAACUCUGUUAAAAGCUGUUACUUUUAAAAGCACACAGCACCACGGCUCUGACAAGCAUUCAAAACAGGUUCCCUUCAUUAUAGGUGUCACAUUAUAGCACGUCAAUACAACAGCUGUUUCUUUAGCUUGUAAUUCAAAUGGCAUUUUUGCUUUGUAAACAUUAUGACCUAUACAUAUAUACCUCUCCACAAAAACAACAACACUUUACAAGGACACACCAGAAGCAGCAGCACUGAGUGAUUGCGAGCGAACUGCAUGCCUCUUUCAGUACAGAAAGCCUUUUACAUAUAUACAUAUGCCGGUGUGUACAAUACAUUUGUGGAGUUCAUAUGAAAACCCUUCAGAUACAGAGCGCAGACAUCCAUUGGACAAAGCGACUGAGAAUUUAAAACCAUUAUUGAGGCAAAGUGAAGCCUUUGAGAAAGAACACCACAUGCCAAUCAUGACAGACUAGAACAGAUUACGACACUACAUGCCAAACAUGAUAGAUUAGAACAGACUACGACACUACAUGCCAAACAUGAUAGAUUAGAACAGAUUACGACACUACAUGCCAAACAUGAUAGAUUAGAACAGAUUACAAGAUGCUGCAUCUUGAUCAGUUUAAUAAAUGUGCAGAAAUGCAUAUCUUAAAAUGACUAAAGCAAAACACCAACAGCAUAAAUACAGAAAUGAUUAGACCAGCACAUCAUAGGUCAGGCUUUGGAAAGAAAUCUUAUAAUGGAAUUCAAAUUUAGUCAUAUAACUCCAAUAAUUCUUCUGGUAAUUUCCCAAAUUUCUUGGAGGAUAGUAUUUUUUUAUGACAUGAUUUUCCUAAAAUCUAUAAACAUUUCAAAUUGCACAGAGAAAGGAAAACCAUGGAGAUGGUGGGGUAUCUUAAGGACAUAGAGAUUCUUAUAUGGUAAACACACUCUCCCCUACACGGACUUCUCAGCAUGCAUGUGAAGCAGCCGACAGCUUUGCGAGACUUUGUGAACAAAGACAUCAGAGCAGAGCCAAUCAGAGCCUUUUUACUUCUGAAUGUGGGAGGGCAGUGUUCUGGCACUGCGAUGGGACAGCCAAUCAAACAGGAGCAACUCACCGAGCCCACAUGGGCCGCUGUGCAUGAUUGGAACAGAGUGGAGCUUCCGCAGCUGCUGAGCUCAGUGCCUGCAUGUCUCUCCGCUCAUCCCUGUCCCAGAUCCUCAAGGAACAGCACAGCGGAGUGAACCUGGAAAAUCCAGACGGUCCCAUGUGUGGCCACCUUCCCUGUGAAAGUGGCCUGGAGCAUGAAGUAGUAUAACUUCUCCAGUAUGGGCCAGUAUAACAUCUGGCUGUGUUCAGGUGGGAUGAGCAAGCUGCCGGUUGAGUAAUGUUUGACUCUGAAACCCGCAUCAGCAAGGCGAGCGCUGUGUGUGGCUUCGACAUUCACAACUCACUCACUGUUCAUGACAAAUACACACAUGCUCACUUGGACUAAGCAUCUAAGAAGCAUCUAAGAAUGUCCAACGAAUGUGAGAUAAAAGACAAGUACCUGCUGGGUUUUUCUUCAAAAUGCACCACAUAUUUAAAAAAAUGCACAGUAUAUUGUAUGUAUUAUAUUACAAGCAUCUGCAGCAAAUUUUAUUUUUGGAAAAACAAAAAGUCUGUUUAUUCUCCCACUCUUGCUACUAACGUAGACCUGGAGUCCAGAGUCUCUUCCUGUCCACUGAGGACACAGGGACUCACCAACCACAACGUUACUUUUAGCCAUUAGCAUUUAGUUCAGCUACAGGUUGGGACACUCCAUGGCCAUGACAGCCAACCCUACAGCUCUGGGAGGACCACCUGAGGCAUGACGGUUCUUCACGUGCUCGCAAAUCUCAUGUUGCACCAAAGCAGACACUGUACAAUAUCACAC